CUUCUUUACCCUGACACCAACUGUUUCGCUUCACUGCCCCGCCCGAGCAACCACGCAUUGAUCACACACGUCUCUUCUUUCCGCCACCACGAUCUCCGCCUCUAGAACAUGGCGGUCCUCGCUCUGCCAUCGAGCUUCACCAACUCUUUCUGGUCUCAGGAUUACCGACGCGGCCUUGAGGUGCUAUACUCCAAACUCGAGCAGGGAAUAGAGGAAAAUGACGAAAUCGUCACUUUCAUCCGGGCGCGUGCUGCUGCAGAACGUCAGCUCAGUGAAGCGUUGAUGCAUCCUAUGCUGACGGGAGCUGCUGGCAAGGGCUUCGGCAAGGAUGACGGCGCCUCGCUUCUCAUGGCGUUUCGGGGGCUGCAAUCGCAGUCUGUAGCUCAGGGGCAAACUCAUAGGGCUAUUGCAACUGACUUGGACGCGUUGGUUGCUGACCCUUUCGCACAAUGGGCUGUUGGAUAUCAGGAUCGUCUACGCCAAUCGCGCGCGUCUCUCAUCGAUCAAUAUUUACGAGCGUACGAACACGCACAAGGCGAAGUCUCCAAGUUGAAGCACAACUAUCUUGACAAAACACGGCGCGCCGACGAGGCCGAGGAUGACGCCAAGUUCGCGCCCAACAGCGUAGGUCGGGAUCCGUAUACGACAUCGCCGAGCACCCGUCCUGUCGAUGGCGGUCAUAGGAGUUCGCCAGUGCGCUCAGCCAGCGUUUCUGAACGCAUUGCUUCUCGUCUACGUGAAAUCCAGAAGCGGGCUGUCGCCUCUGCUGGUGCAGCCAGCGAAGAGAAGCAGGCGCCAUCCGAAUCCGAGACGAUUUUCGAGCACCAAGAGCAAGCUUCUCCGAAAGUCGACAAGGGAAAGGGCAAAGCUGUAGAGACUGGCGAUGAGGGUGUGAUCGCUGCCUCUCCACCUCCGAUGUCUCCGCCUCUUCCUCCGAAAGUAGAAAUCCCCGUUUCUCCGAUGCCAGCGAUGCCCCCGCCCCCAAUGCUUCUCGCCGGGCUUUCAUUGCCCCCUUCUGCCAUCUCGCAGCUGUUGACGAAAGCAGCGGCCGAACUGCCCCUGAGACCGGUGCGCUUCCCCUUGUUGGGAGAGUAUCCGAACUGUUUCACUGGGGAGGAAUUUGUUGCUUGGUUGAACGAGAAUGUUCAAGGAUUCGGAGGGAGCCUGGAUCGUGCCGAAGAAGCUGCGAUGGAGCUGACCGAGCGGGAUAAGCUCCUUCGCCGGGUCGGAGAGUUUGGAAAUCAAUUCGAGCAUUCCGACGAGGCUUUUUAUCAGUUCAGGCCCAAGGCAUUUGAUCUGGAAGGCAAGGACACACAGCCCGCUCCAGCCACGCUGAGCUCCCCGAUCAAGACUCAGACCGACGCGUUGUUCAAGCGCACGAACACGUUUGUCAGCCUCGUAAGCAAGGCUCUCUCAGCCCAGCAGGCAGAGCCCGCGUACGUUCGAGCGCGAAAUGAGGCUGAAGAAGCCGAUCAUCUCUUCCGCGCCGGCACCCGCAAGCUCGAUCGGCAACGUCUGGGAUUGGAAGAGAGAAUCGAAGACACUCUCAAAGUUCUGCAGCGAUGGGAAAUGGAACGGCUCCGGGCCGUGAAGACGGUCCUGCUCCAGUACCAUGCCACGCUGGCGAAUCUGCCCAAAGGCCUGGAGCAAACGAACGAGACCUCUGCCACGCUCAUUGCUGCAUACUUGCCGGAGUCGGACCUGAACGCCCUCAUUGAGCGCUAUCGGACCGGACCGUUCCGCCCUGAGGCACAAGUGUACGAGUCGGUGUCACACGUCGAGACGGAUGUUGUGUUCGGGAUUGAUCUGCGGCGCUGGGCUGAGGGCGGCUGGGAUGCGAUCAGCAGCGCCGAGCCUCGCAAGCAUGACAUCCCUCCGGUGGUCACCUCGCUCCUUGCUGCGUUGACCGAGGCGUACAGCAAGCUUCCCUCUGACAUGGAAAAGCGCAAGUCGUGGAUCUACGAAGUGCCGCUUCCGGCCGUACAUCAUCUGCGCGAGGCUUUGAACUCAGUCCCCAUGGACGCGAUUCCCCCAACCGACUUGUUCGCCCCAUACGACGCAGCAGUCAUCGCGGCCACAAUCAAGCUGUGGUUGCUUGAGCUCGACCCUCCGCUCGCGAUGUGGGAAGGUUGGGAUGAGAUCCGGAAACUGUAUCCCACUGUUGGGGCUGCAGCAAACAAGGACGAUAGUGAAGCCGCUGCUCAGCGGAUCACCGAUCUUGGCAUGGCACUGCAGCGACUGCCGCGCAUUCACUUGAAUGUCCUGGACGCCAUCGUGAGCCAUUUGCGCAACCUAAUCGACACGACCAGCGUCGAAGAAGCGGAAGAAGUGUACGUCACUAAGCUCGCACUAUCUGUUGGGCGCACCAUCCUUCACCCGAAAUUCGAGUCUGAAAUGUCCAUUCAAGACCGGCAUCCGACCUUGAUGUUCAUGGAUCUAGUCAAGAACUAUGCGGCCAUCAUUCCACCUACCAUUGCUCGGAAGAAGCGAGAGUCAGAACGCAAGAUCCCAAUCCGGAAACGGACUGCGCCGAUUGACAUGCGCCUGAGCCGAAGCCGAAUUUCUAUUGGUGCCGACGCUCAGCAGCUGCUGGCGGCCCAGCAGGUUGCACAGAAUCCUUCUCUUCACAGGGCGUCUCGGUCAAUUGACUCCAGAUCUCCUGCUCCUCCAGUCCCGCCCGUUCUGAAAGAGGAAGCUCCAGCCCCGUCAUCGCAGCCCCAGCCACUGACACCGCCUCCGCCGCCGCCUUUGACCGCCGCACAGCCGCUUGAGGUGCCGCCCCCGCCGCCACUGCCUGUUGCGCCAACGCCGUCUGUGGUGCCUCCACCGCCGCCUCCGAGCACAUUCGUUGCUCCGCCGCCGCCGCCUCCGAUGCCGGCGUUCAAAGAACCGCCGCCUGAAUCUGAGGACGAAGCGCCGCCGCCUCCCCGCCCGGCAUUCAAGGAGCCACCGGCCGAGCCCGCGUCACCGACGACUGUUGCGCACCGCCAGGUCGGCGGCAGCCAGAGCACAUCACGAAGCGGCUCACCGGCUCCGGAACAUACCGAAGGCAUUGUGGCUGGAGCACUUUGAACAGGAAAAACUCGAUCGGCUCACCUCCGGCCAGCCCCCACUACAAGCGGGUGCCGGGCAGCCCGGGGCGGCCGUCGAGCGUUCUGGGCCGGCAGUCCACAUUCUCGACGCGAACGAUGGAGUCAGACGCGGAGGACAAUCUUGUGGAUAAGAAAUAGGUAUUGAGAUCAAGUAAUUAUGGACAUGUGGUACCACAAUGCACUGGUUGCGCGCAUCUUGCACACAGCUGCAUCCUGCACUCCGGACAUUCGUAGUACGUUGAGGGGAUGUCUGCGCUGCGAAACACAACGGGACACCCGAAUGGACAAAAAUGCAGGUCGUCCUGGGAUCGGACGAGACUGAGCAGGGACCCUUCGAAGGCUCGCUCGCAUUCUUCGGGGGGCAGACACGCUACUAUCAGGGACAGCGGGAUCUCCGCUGAACAGUCGCAGCAGUAGGGCGCGAAAUCGCACGCCGGCGACAGGAGAAUGUCCAGGCAACCAGAGCAGUAGCGAUGUCCACAGGGAAGCUCCACAGGGUGGGUCGGAUCAGUGCGACACAGCAUGCAGUCGCCCGGCGGGAGCGACUCUCGCAGCCCCCAGCUGAGCACUGCGGCACUGACCUCGUCUCGCAUUUUCUGCUCGCCCAAUACGGUCAGCGUCUUGGAGCGAAUAUCACACGUGAUCUUCGUAGAACCAUACUGGGCCUGCAGGCUCUGCAGGCCCCCUCCUCCUGUCGCAAGGUGGGAGAUCACAUCAGAUAUGUCGAGUACGCAUCGCUGCUCGUUCACGGUCUUCAGCAGCUUUGCAAUCUGCGCCUCGGCUUUUGACCGGUCUCCCCAGAUGCGAAGGGCGCGACAGCGUCUGUCACAGCGAAUGAAAACGGCUGGGUCUUUGUCGUUCAGCCGCUGGAGAGGCCCGUCGCUGCUUGCCAUCGAAAAAUACGGAUCCGGAAAGGGAAUCUCUGCCCCCAAAACGAGUGCUUGGACCGUUUCCCGCAGCUUGGCUGCAUCCGCAGAAUCUCGAUGGAACAGACACACGGUUCGUGUCUCGUCGUAACAGCGAACAUUGUUGCCCAGGUCGCAGCCGUUUACGGCAUCCCGGAUGAGCCCGAAAGGAAAAUGGCUCUCGGGCAGUGUGUAUCUGGAAAAGAAGACGGCCUGAGUUUUGAUAUCACGGUCACCCAAGAACGGGUGUUUUCUGCCCUUCAAGUAGGCCGUAGCUUUUGCGAUCGUGGAGGGAGAAAGAAACUCGGCGAAUGCCGUGACUUUGCUCUCGGAUGGCAAAGUUGGCAUGACCUCAAACAAGGUGACAACCCCCAGCUGUUCAAGAAGUGUGCGGAUGUCGUGCUCGGGAGAUUGCGUGUAGUUUGGCUCGCUCGGGUUGACCGAGGUAGGGCCUGUGUGUUCGCAGAUUGAGGUGAGCUCCUCCCGGGAGACUCGCGCAGGAAGAUUCUCGAGCAGAACAGGCACACGGUCCUGCUGACCACGCGACUGGGAGUGGUAUUUAGCGACGAUCUUGCGCUCUCCAACGGUCAGUCCAUCCAGCGCAGCCGCCGCUUCCUUCGCCUUGGAGACUGUCCGGUAAAAGGCCCAUGCGAUGGUACUCGGUGCAUCCCAUACAAGUUUCAGAUGCCGCGGUGUUCCUGGCUUGUGCACUGAGCCCCCCAGUUUCCCAUCGCAUUCAAGUUCGGCAGCUACGAUCUUGUCCUCAAUCACCAAGCCGUUGAGAUGGGCUCUUGCGGUCAACGCUUGCUGUGCAUUCUCCAGGUCAAAAUACGCAUUCAGGCGCCCUCCAACAAGUCGGAUAACACGAUUCGUGAUCGUGCCGUGGGGUUCAACAAAUGCAGCCAAGUCAUCCACGUUGGUGCCGGAGGGAAAGUGGGACAAAACGACAGUCCUGGACUCAAAGGCCGUAUUUUGGAUGUGAGCGGUCGCCCCGGGUCCGAAUUCGACGGAACAGUUGUAAAUCGUCCGCAGAGCAACCGAUUCCACCGUUUCUUCUCCUGCCGACAACGAUUUACUCACAACAGG